GCUCGCCCCAUCCGCGCCCUCCCCCCUUCCCCCUUUCUACCCCCUCCCUCCUGCUUGUGUAUCUCCCCGACGACGCUAGACCGUCUUCGCACGCACCCACGCACCCACCGUCACCAUGUCGCACGUUAAGAAGACCAUGAUCCAGCCCAUCCACCUCACCUUCCGGUUCCUCCAGCAUAACACUCGGCUGCAAAUUUGGCUGCAUGAGCGCAGCGACCAGCGUAUCGAGGGUAUCCUGGUUGGCUUCGAUGAGUUCAUGAACCUCAUCCUGGACGAAGCCGUUGAGAUUCGCAUCCCUCGCGGUGAGAAUGGCGGCCCCGAGUCCUCUACCCCUCUCGGUCGCAUCCUCCUGAAGGGCGAGAAUGUCUCCAUGAUUGGGCCGGCCCCCUCUGAGCUUGUCAACCAGCAGCCUCCUCCCGAUGCGCCGAUGGUCAACUAAAUCCCAUUGGCCCUCCUCCUCCGAGGGAAAGCAAUAUGCUCCUCUCGCGCCGGACUGCGCGCCCAGUCGCGCUCGCGCCCCCUCCUUCCCGAAUGUCCUUGCUCAUGGCCAGAGACGGACGCAGUCUGCCUCAGGCGUCAUACAAAUACAGAAAAUCACGCAUAUA